CUCUUUGUAGCCACUUGCUGCUGUCUGUCUUGCCAGCGCAGCUAAAGAAAGAGCUUUUCAGCAGCGUGGAUAUGGCAAACAUGCUCCCGUUCCCAUCAGAUGGGCAGGUAAGGGAACCAGCUAAUCCCCGUGACCUGGGUGAGCCUCUUAUUGAUCACUCAGAGGGACAACUCUUCUUGAACGAAGCCUUCAAAAUUAUGAUGGAGGAGGUGCUCUGCAAGGGCACAGACGUCAAACAAAAGGUUUGUGAGUGGAAAGAGCCGGAGGAGCUGGCUCAGCUGCUGGAUCUGCAGCUGAGGGCGACAGGGGAGCCGCAACAGAGACUCCUACAGAGAGUAAAAGAUGUCGCCAAGUACAGCAUCAAGACAAGUCACCCACGUUUUUUUAAUCAGCAGUUCGGUGGGGUGGACUAUCAUGCCUUGGCUGGAAGAUUUCUCACGGAGACUCUCAACACUAACCUCUUCACCUAUGAGGUGGCCCCGGUGUUUGUGCUGAUGGAGACUGAGGUACUGAGAGGGCUCCGGCAGCUGGUUGGCUGGACAGAAGGUGAUGGUAUUUUCUGCCCUGGGGGGUCUACAUCUAACAUGUACGCCAUGAACCUCGCACGCUACCGACUCUUCCCAGAAGUCAAAAGCCAGGGGGUGUGGAGUCUCCCACGACUUACCAUCUUUACGUCUCCAGAGAGCCAUUACUCUGUGAAGAAAGGGGCUGCUUUUCUGGGGAUUGGGACAGACAAUGUCAUCUUGGUGAAAGUGGAUGAUGGUGGCCACAUGAUUCCAGAGGACCUGGAUACAAAGAUAAAUGUGGCAAAAUCACAGGGUGCAGUGCCAUUCCUUGUAAGCUGCACAUCAGGGACCACAGUGCAGGGUGCGUUUGACCCACUGGACCGUAUAGCUGAUGUCUGCGAGAAGCACAAACUCUGGAUGCAUGUAGACGCUGCCUGGGGAGGGAGUGUGCUCUUUUCCAAACAACACAGACAUCUGAUGAAAGGGGUUGACAGAGCAAAUUCAGUAGCCUGGAAUCCACACAAGAUGCUGAUAGCCGGCCUGCAGUGUUCUGCCUUGCUGCUACAGGAUACCACGAAUUUGUUGAAGCAGUGCCACAGUGCCAACGCCACAUACCUGUUCCAGCAGGACAAAUUCUACGAUGUGAAUCUGGAUGUCGGGGAUAAGUCAGUGCAGUGCAGUCGCAAGGUUGACUGCCUGAAGUUGUGGUUGAUGUGGAAAGCUGUUGGCUCCACUGGCUUGGCAGAGCGUGUAGACAAAGCUUUUUUCCUUGUAAGGUAUCUGGUGGAGCAGAUGAAGAAAAGAGAAGGGUUUCGUCUUUUGCGUGAUCCAGAGUAUGUGAAUGUAUGCUUCUGGUUUAUACCACCCAGUAUGAGGGGGAAGGAAGGAAAUGCAGAUUACCAGGACAGGCUGGCAAAAGUAGCGCCAGUCAUCAAGGAACGCAUGAUGAAACAAGGGACUAUGAUGGUGGGCUACCAACCUUUGGGAAACAAUGUCAACUUUUUCCGUGUGAUUGUCUUCUCUCCGCUGGUUUCCCAGAAAGAUAUGGACUUCUUCCUUGAUGAAAUUGAAAGACUGGGGAACGAUUUGUGAAGAAAAACACAACUAAUAAGAUGUGUACCUCUUGUCUAUCUACAAUUCUAGGUUGUGCACAAAGUCUGCCAUUGUAAUGUCACAAAUUUCAACAAUCCUGCUAUGUCAGUUGACAGAUGUGAUUUGCUUGAUUUAGACAGCUGUCACAAUAGUAGGAUAGACACUAAACUCCUCUGAGGACCUUGGACCAAAAUAUGAAUAACUGGAUUAAUUAAUAAAUAAACAAUGGCCUGUAUUUCAAAUGGUUUUCAAACAGUUCCAGUGAAUUAAACAAC